CGCAAUGUCACAACAUUGCACGCACACUACCAUACCCUCGCUCCGUUCCAAAUCAAAACAAACCUCUCCGCUACACAGAUUUGUUUGCGUGUCAAACUCAAGCAUACAAACUUUUUCCAGCGCGCACGUACGCAGCAAUAUUAAAGCAAUAGAGAGAAGAAGAAAAAAACCCACACUCCCAGCUAUUUACUAAAACCGAAGGAUUGUUGCCAGAUUUUUGUGCUGGCACCGGACGCUGCUAUUCGACAGCAGUCUUUGCGUCUGUACCUGCGAACAAGUGUACUGAGAUGCGAUUUGUCUGUGCUGUGCAUCGGUGCCUGGCUGGCAGCGUACCGCGGAGAGUGUGAGGUUGGCGCCAUAGGUAGUCGUGAAUGUAGAUCGAUGGCAGAUAUCGCUAGCCACCAGCAAAAGAUGGUGCCGUAACUUUGCAUCAUAAAUUGCUAAACGCUCGCAGUUUGUCGUGUACCGUAGUAAACAAUACUCCCUUCCCGUAUCAAUACUCCACUCGGAAGCGCUCGCAUAUGGCGUGUUAGUAGUACCUGCUGUUUAGUUACCUAGUCCUUUAAUUGUAUCCUGCCAAGUGUGUCUGUGCGCGUGUGCGUGCGUAUUCAAUAGUUUAAGCUAGCAAACGCGAAAUCAUGGCAGCGCUUCCACCACGCAAAAAUCCGACGCCUACCAAAAUAUCCAAGCAACACCUGACACCGCUGCAAAUACUGCUCCAGAUGGGCUUCCCCAAGCAUAGAGCUGAAAAGGCACUAGCGGCCACCGGCAACCGGGGCGUCCAGCUGGCCUCCGAUUGGCUGCUGGCGCACGUGAACGACCCCUUCCUGGACGAAUGCGCUCCGCGCGAAUACAUCCUGUACGCCUGCCCGACCGGUCCCUUUCUGCAGCAGCUGGAAAACUUCUGGGCCCAGUCGAGGGAGGCGUGUGGCUGGAACGGAGCUCACAACUUUACGCCCCACAUUACGCUGGUGUCGUUCUUUAAAGCGCCGGACGAGUGCGCUCCCCAGCUGUCGAAGGCGCUGAAAGACCUGAUGAACCUGCCCGGCGCCCGGAUCGAUCGGCCGAUCGGGCUGGAGCUGUACACGAGCCCCAACUUUAUGGGCUUUUUCGUCGCGGAAGACGACGCCAACUAUCUGAAGCGGCUGGCCCUGCAAUACGUGAAGGAGGUGUCCCACUCAAUAAUUAGUGACACCUAUGAGCAGCUAGACGCACUGGUAACGUGUUUUCCGUGGUGCGGAGGAGUUACCUCGGCCCGAUGCAUACCGCGUAGCAGUCGAUCCAUUUCGCUGGAACCGCACGUCAAGUCGCUGCAUCUGACGCUGGCCUACCAAUUCCCGCCCAGUCAGUUUAAUGCGCUGAAAGCGUUGGUGGAAAAUUUGGACGCUUCCUGCACGGACGCCAACUGGGAGCUGCGGCUGUACUCGCGCGACCCCCGGCUCGUCUCGAAGCAGGUGCACAAGGUGCUGUAUCCGCACACGCCGCGCGAAACGGACGAGCUGGAGCUCCGGAUCGGUGAUCACAUCUAUCUCAACCCGGAAGCAAUACAAGCGUCCACCGACGGCUGGGUCGAGGGGAUCUCGUGGCUAACCGGCACCACCGGCUACCUGCCCGAAAACUACACCGAGCGGACGGCGGAAUCGGACGCGUGGACGAUGCACCGUACGGUGCCGCUGUGUGACGCACGGACAGUGCCGGCCGACGAAACACUAUCCGACACGGUUGAUGGAGUGCUGCCCGCCAUCGGAUCGCCCAGCCUGGCACCGGAAGCGAACGAUACGGUAUCUGUAGGUCAGAGCGAAUCGCAACCGGACGGUGCACCGCAAACGACGGACCGAGCAGCACCUGCACCAGACCAGCAACAAACAGCAACGGGCGGCGGCGGCGGCGAGCAACAGAACGGUGGCAAAAUGUUCGGUGGCAAUAAAACGAUGGACGACAUUCCGCUGGAAAAGUUGCACGAGCUGGUGAAAAAGCGUACCAACAUGCAGGUGAUCCCGGGAGAUCAGUGCGCCUCACAGUCGCAGUCCGUACCGCGGACGGAAUCGGGCACGCGCAAGGUGUACGUCAUGCGACACGGCGAGCGGAUCGAUUUUACCUUUGGUUCGUGGGUACCGUACUGCUUCGAUGAGGCCGGCAACUACGUCCGCAAAGAUCUGAACAUGCCCACAUCGUUGCCCACACGUAAACCCAGCCUCUGGCAGAAGGAUUCACCACUGACGAACGUGGGUCGCUAUCAGGCACGGCUCGUCGGCGAAGGGCUGAAGGAUGCGGGGGUACAAAUAGCGCGCGCGUACUGCUCGCCCUCGUUCCGCUGCAUCCAGACGGCCACUUCAGUGCUGGAGGGGCUCGGAUUAAAGGCAACCGUGCCGAUCUGCAUCGAGCCCGGCCUGUUCGAGUGGCUCGCCUGGUACCAGGACGGGCUGCCCGAGUGGCUUACGCCGGACGAGCUGCUUGCGGCCGACUACAACAUCGACGCGGCCUACAAACCGCUCUCUUCGCCGGGCCUGCUGCGGGAACAUUUUCACGAAAAGUUGAACGAGUUUUACUGCCGCAAUUCGAACGCCGCGGAAGAAAUCAUUAAAAGCACGGAAGGAAACGUGCUGAUUGUGGGCCAUGCCACAACGCUCGAUACGUGCACCCGGUUCAUCAUUGGCGAGAAGCUUCGCUCCACCAACGAUAUGGCCCGAAUAAUGCAGAAAGUGUCCUACUGCAGCCUGGCGGUAAUGGAAUCGGACGGCACGACGCCGUCCGGUGACAGUGAGCAGGCGGAAAGUACAGUCAAGGGACACUGGAAGCUGGCGGUGCCACCGUGCGAUCCUGUGACGCACACCAACAACAACCGGUUUGACUACAAGAUACUAUUAGAGUAGGCGUAGAAUUGCGCAACCAUGAGGCGGAUUAGUUAUUGGGGUCAUUGGGUACAUCAUUGGGACCCUCGUUUCAACCGUACCAUUGCAUUACCAGGGCACUGGGGACAAUGGAGAAAGUGUUACUACUCCACGUUAUGCCUGUUAUUUAAAUACACACAUACACACUAGACUAAAACAAACCUAUAUAUAUUAUUAAAAUCAAAUAAUUGUCAGGUGACGCGGUCGAACGGAGGAACAUGUUUAGUUCUACGCCAAUGUAGCGCAUGCGUUUGUUGCUUUUUAUAUUAUCACCGGAUGCGUAUUACGCCCAAAGCUUCAUAUAUUACAUGCCCAAAAGGGCAAAGGAACACCCAACUGUUUCGCUUUAAUAGUUAGCGCUUGGUUCUCCGCCUGCCGGUGAAGAGUAGGUUCUUCAUGCUUUCGAAAUGACAAUAAUACAGAAACCAGAGUAUGAUCUCAAUUGCUCACAAUACAGCAAGCAUAAGCAAAUCAAGCAUAUAUAUAUUCCAAUUGGAAAACUGCGCUUUCAACAAGCUUUCGAACCGUUGCGCACUGCCUUUGCGUCAAGGCUUUAUUUGCGUGAAAGGCAGCUUAACCAUGACGCGUACCACUGCUCUCAUCGCUUUUACAUGCGUUGCACUUGUUGGGGAUGGUUUUAUUUAAACGAUUAGCGUGUGUUAGCGUUUCUUUAAGCAAAAGCAAAACAAAACUGUGGCUACCGUACAAUAACUUAUUGAAAUAAAAUAUUAUAUGUUGUGUCAAGCCAAAAAAGAUAACAAUAUACACACAAACACACACCCCGAGCUGUCGUAGAAUGAUGUACAUGUAAUAAACCAUACUUUUCUUUUAACCGACUACCUCCCGUUGCACGUUGUGUUCUAGGAGCAUGAUGCAUUCUGUAUUUGCAGUCUCCGAUAAGAUAAGACGCCCUUAACCACUCGAGUAUGCUGUACGAUUGUGUGUCGGUGUGUGCGUGCUAGCGAAUUUGAGUGACUCCCGUACUGCUGUAACAACCGCACACCAACGCACGCUAUCGAGGAUACACACGGUCGAACCAUGGAGAUGACUAGAUGGUUGUUUGCGGAAUAUGGUUUUUGCGCGCGGCACCAACAUUCACGAGCCAACCAUUUGGCUCCCUCUUGUCCUCCACCCUCCCGUCUUCCGUUGCCCUGGGUUAGAAAACCAUUUCUGUUGACUCAUUUCAACCGCCACCGUGAUUCACACUGCCGUAUGGUUUGGUUGGCCUGGUUACAGAACAAAGAGAUGUCUAUUACGCAGCGAUGGUGAAAGUUCAACCGAAUGGUUUGGUUAGAUAUUUCUAAUCGAUUUUUGAUACCUUUUUCGAGUCAAAUUAAUUAUCAUUAAUGUUGUUUAAAGAAUAAUCCUUAAACAUUUUUUUAUUAUUUAAUUGUUAAUUUCUAGUUAUUGUUGUGUAAUUAUACAAAUCAAUCUCUACUAUUGACAUGCCAUACUAACUAUGAACCAUACACCGCGCUGCGUCUUUUGCAUCGUCAUGCCGCAGGGUUGAAAGCCGGUAAACAAAAUGCAGCCCGAAAAUAGAUUUAGUUCUAGAAGCGCCUCGGCCGACCGUACUCGAAUAUGCUACAUCAUUCGACACCGCUCGCCUGCACCAAGAUAGAGAAAUAGUGCAUGAUGAUGUUGCAAUAGUUUCGAUGAUUCCCUAUGAGUACAUUUAAAGCAAAUCGCUUCGGAAUGCGUAGUAAAGCCGCAGCUGCAAGAUAGUGCAUGGCGUGGACAAAAGACAACCGCAUAACGUCAUGGAAAAUAACCAUCCAAACGAUGGUUGAAACCACAUGGUUUUCUUCUUCCAUACCAGUGGGGCACUCAUCUGGUCGCACUCUCACCACUACCAUCCAAGCGAUGCCGUGUGUAGCGUGUAUGUGUGCGUGUGUGCUAGCCGCACAUCGAAAAACCAUUUGAGUGACCAAAGAGCAGCAGCGUUUUCGGAUUGCUAUGAUGGCAGGAAUCAUAACUUUCCUAUCGACACUUUGCUGCACCGUGUGCUAUGGAGAGCAGAAAAGCCGUCACCAUUGCAGCGGCUCACGCAAAAGGGCAAAUGACUGAUAACAACGUGCACAUGCACAGCACAAGUGCAGCGGGGAAUCCAGCGUACAGGGUUCGGUAGUCCUCCAAAAUCGAUCGUCGAUUAGCAAACGGCUUUACGUGGUGAUAAUUUCAACGUAAACAAGUCACGCUCAGACGUUUGUAAGCGAGCGUGUGAAAGUGCAUCCCAAGCUUUCAACCUAAAAAAAGACGCAAUGACUACAGAUUCUGGAUUAUUAUUUUCUUCCAUUUUGUGGAUCACAUGUUGGAAUUUUAAUGUUUAUUUCAAACUCUCUGCAAAUACAUUGUUUGUUUUUUUUUUUUCUUUAGCCAAGGGAGUGGCGCUCUAAGCAACACGAUCAUGCGAUCGCUUACAACUGUUGCCAACCUUUCUCCCUGCAGCAAACGCGCUGACCCGGCUUACUCC